UCAGUGUUGCGAAGUAAUGACAUGUUGUCUGCUAUAUAUUUAAAAGCAAAAGUGUUUUUGUUAUAGUAAAAUCUUUACUAGUGUUUAAGUAUUCUUGAAAAAUUAUACAUUGGUACCUUUUUAAAUUUUUGAAAAUGGUUCGAGUCGUUUCUUGUCAUCAUUUCGUGUCUCAAGAUGUAUUUCUCUCGGAAAAUGAACCUACAGCGUUUUGUGGAGCUCAAGAUAAACUUCUGGUGUCUACAGUUCAACAUGCAGUAAAUGUGCAUGAUUUAGAUGCUAGAGGAAAUGUUCUGCAUUCAUUCCCUACUGUAGAUAUAGUUAAACAAAUAACUUAUUGUGAAUCAGGAAACUAUGUUGCAACUAUUGAAAAUAAAGUGUCUUGGCAUAGAAGUCUUAUUACUUAUGUUCGUGUUUACUUCAAAUGGUGGAUUGAUGCCAAUCAUCAACCUCUUAAAGUCCGUAUUGCUGGUUGUGCUCCUGUAAGUGAAAAUUCUCAUUCACCAAUUAAAACAUUGGAAAUGGUUGAAUUGCCUUUGGACAAGCCUGCUCUUUGUAUUUCAGCUUGCAAUAAAACAUCAGUUUUAGCUGUUAGCUUAGGUGACAUCAUAUCAGUUUUCUGUUACAGUACCAAAGUUCAUUCUGCUUUAAAGCAAACAUUCAAUGAUUUUGAUCAUUUUUUGGAUAUUAGUGUUCCAAUAAUUGUCCAAGAAUUAGACGUGUGUGAAUGUUUCUUUGCAUGCAGGUCUGACAAAACUGUGCAUGUUUUUAAAAUUAUUUGUGAAAAUGAUGAAGGUAAUGGAGAGGAAGCUACCAAUGAUUUAAAUGUGGAUUCUGAACAAUGUGACGAACAUUUUGUGGAAUGGAGAUUUGAAUCCUGUACAAAUAAUGGAUCUAGUGAUAAAGACUGGGAUGGACAUUUGAAAUCCAGACUUCAUCCUAAAUCUUUCCCAAUUAAUUUACAUUUUAAUGCAGUAGAUAAAGAAAAUGAAAUGUUCACUGGCAAAGAUGCUUGUGAAUUUUAUGGACCUCUUCUGACUGUUCGUGGCUGUGCAGUAGAUGUGAAAGUAAAUUCCAAAACAUUUGAAAUGUAUCCACAAAUGCCUUCAAAUAUUUUUGCUGUAACUCUCCUAUUUAGACACUUUGUUUUUCAAGAAAAUAAUUUCAAACUUUCUGGUCUCCAGUUUGUGCCAUUUUAUAAAUCAGAGACAUUACAAGAUGGAUUGGCAGAUCCUCUCAAUGCUGCUGCCUUUAAGUUGGAAAACUCGUCAUUUUUAUUGCCAUGGUUAAAUCUUUCCCCAAAUUCCGCAUCUUCUCUCAAAGCUAUUGGAUGCUUCUUCUCUACCUCGCAAGAAGGUUUUCUAUAUAAUCUUACCAAUGAAACCCAAUUUGUUAGUACCUAUACAUAUACUUCUGCAUUGAAAGGUGUAGUACUGGACACUUCAUUACUUCAUGCCCUCACUGACACAGGACUGGAAACUUACACAGUUCACUUGCCUCAUUCAGUUUUUCAGGGUUUGGAAGUGAUGCAUGAGAAAAGAAAUAUAGUGCCAAAAUAUGAUGAUGCAGUUUGUCUCUUAGGCUUGCGUCCUUUCUUAGGGGUUGAUUAUUUAGUGAAAUCAGAUUGUCACUUAAUUCUCGUUUCAUCUGUUGAGGAUUCAGUUUCAAAUACUGAACCUGAUGGAGGCAACAAAUCUACUUUAUAUUCCUUAAAAGAACCUGCUCCUAUUCAAGUCUUUGCAGACCUGAUGGAAGUUGCUGAAUGUCAGAAAUCUGCUAGUCCUAACACUUAUUAUCAUCUUUUAAGUGAGGCACAUGUGAUUCUACGUACUGAAAUUUUCUUCGAAAACUAUGAUAAAGAAGUCGAAACUUUAUAUAGAAAAUCAUGUUUAAUGUUAGCAGAUUAUUUCUUAUGCAAUGAAUCAACACAAAAGUUAUUUUCCAUUCCAUAUUAUCAUUUAUCUCAACUUUCUGCAGAAAACAUUAUUAAAAGAAUUUUGGAAUUUCGUCAUCAGCUAAAAUUGACCAACAUUUUUCAGUGUUUGGUAUUUUAUAUGGAUUCACUUCUCUUUGAUGAAAAGCCAUCAACUGUUCUUACUUUAUCUCAAAGUACUGCUGAUUUGAUUUUAUCUGCAUAUUCUGAAGAAGCUCCUGAAAUGUUGUGGAAAGUCAUUUUGUGCUCAAAUUUUGAUAGUUAUAAGCUUGAAAAAGCCAUUUUGAUUCUGAAGCGAAGACUUACUAACAAACGACAACCUCUUAGUCCAAUAAGUAAUGCAGCUGAUACCACAGCAUUAGUGUAUCUUCUUCUACAAAAAAACAAUUCUGAAGCAGCUCAGAACAUGAUCAUGUCUCUCGCAAAAGCGGAUCUUCUCACCAUCAUGGCUAGCAUUGACGCUAAACUUUGGGAUGGAAUGAAUUUAACAAACUUUGGAAAAUUUCUGAAGCAAAUGAGGCCAGAUGCUUUCAUUGAAUUACUGGUUAUCUAUAUUGAUUCAAGGAAAUUUCAGAUUUCAGAAAUUUUGCAGUUUCUUCAAUCUGAAUCGCCCAAUACAGAUCUUCACUUGGUACCACUUCUAAAAGAAUUUUUGGAAGCAGUUUUAAGUGAAAAGUCUAUGUCAAAACAAGUUGAUUCCUUUGUAUUGAAUCUUUUGGUGAAAAUCUAUUUGAAAAGAUUACUUGCACCCAAAAAAAAGUCUGCUUUUGGCUCAACUAUUUUGCCUAAUUCAAUGGGUUCCUUUACAUUAUUUUUUGGAUCCAGAGCCUCUUGGUUGAAUGAAAUGCCACCUUUUAAUGGUAGAGGUAUCACAAGAAAUUGUUUGUUAUCUCCUAAAAUAGAGAGUAUAAAGUCUGUUGAUUCUGAUCCAACCUUCUGUUGCUGUUGGAAUUGCAAUGAAGAUUUAUUGAGAAUGCAGUCUCUUCUUUCCUAUUUGGGGCCUUCUGAGGAUAUAAAAGGCUUAGUUUUGGACUUUCUAUGUUCAGCCAAGGACCAAAUUCCAAACUGGCUGAGCAUAGAAGUGAUGUGCUCCAGUGAAGCCAGAGCCAUCAAGCUACUGAUGGGAAUGGCACCAAAGGCCCUGUUAUCAUAUGCUACAGACACUUUUGAAAAUGAUAAUGAAAAGUGGUCUAUGCUAUUUACUUUCUUGCAUGAGUACAUGAAAAAUAUUCCAGAAGAUCAUCCAGAUGUAGAAGUUUAUUCUCAAACAUUUUAUGCUGUCCUUCGACAUCUCGCUGAGCACCUGAAUCCGGUGGAAUUCUUGGCUCUUCUUCCCAGAGGUGAGAACCCCGUCUUUUUGCCACACGUGAGACGCUGCGUGGAGAAGCACCAGGCAGAACAACUCAAGGUCAAAAUCGUGUCUCUGGGACAAGAGAUUAAAUCGAUGAUGCUCUGCCAGUAACUUUUCACUCUUUAAAUGUUUAAAAGAAUCAGUUAAUAUUGUGAUCAAACAAGAAUUUCUUCAAAUAAUCAGAUUUAAUUUGGUUCAGCAGUUCUUUGAUAAAUCCAAUAUUACCUCGCCAAUAUGGUUGUGCAUGUGCAGAAGGCAUAUAGUUGUCCCGUCCAGACAAAUUCUUGUCUUAUGCAAAAGCUACUUAACUUUAACAAGUUUUGAACUUGUUGAUAGAAAAGGGCCGUAUUGUCUAAUCUAAUUUAGAAAUCAUUAUAAUUGUUCUUAAUUAAUUUUUAAAGUAUUUAUUUAGUGAUUAAUAAAGGUUUAUUCCUAAAUAUUUGUUAAAUAAUAUGAUUAAAGAAUGUUAUUUUCUACUCGCCUCAUUCGUUUAGGGAUGUUUGGCAGUUGUGGUUUGAUUUAUAGACAGAAAGAAUGCUAUCCCCCCCCUUUUUUUUUCAGAAUUCGAUUCUGUUAGCUACACAAAAAUUUAAACUUGAUGACUGCAAUUUAUUAAAUUUUUCUUAAGACUUUUUGGCCGAAACUGAUUGUAAAAAGUAUUUAUAUUUGCAUUAAUAUUAUAAUUCCUUUUUGAUUUGUCGCUUAAAAUUUGUCGCUUCCAAAGAUUUGUCGCUUAAAUAAAUCAUUUUGCAUAUUUACGUCUCAAUUCUGAAAAAAAAAAAAAAUAAAAUGCUCUUAUUAGAAUACAUUUUUACUUUUUUUAAUUAUGGUUUCCAUUUUGAUAAAACUAAUUAUGUUUAAAUUAUUAUUAUUAUCUUUGUGAAGGGAUCUUUUAUAGAAUGAAAAAUACUAAAAUUAAACAGCUAUUAUUUUUAUAAAUUAUGUCUUAUCUGUAAAUCUGUUUUACAAGUUGAAAGUAUUUAUACAUUUAAAGAGAUCAGUGAAUUUUAUCUUGGCUGCUGCUACUUUUAUAAUAACUUCAAAAUACUUGUAAGGAGUUUGAAAUGUUGACUUUCAGUGUUGGCAGCGAGCGAUACAUGCAAUAAAAAUGCUCUUUCUACAUGUGUGUAAACAAGAAACAUUGAGUAAGUAAAAGGUUUCUAUUAUAAAUUGCUUGUAAUAGAAACCAUUACAAGAAAUUCUUAACCUCUUGGGCGAUUUUUAUAAAACUAACCCAAAUCUCUUUAACAUUUGGUGAUUGCACAUCUGUAAAAAUUGCAUGAAAAAACAAGGGUGCAUGUAAAUAAAAUUUCAGAAAAAGAUGUGUGUUGCAUUAGUAGGGUUGCCACUCAAAUCUGGGAAAAUAAAUUCCCGAUGUUCCCCUGUAAGUAUAUGCAAUAUAAGAGGAAAUGUGUGAAAAGCACUUAUGUGUUAAUUAUAAUGGAAUAACAAUACACCAUAAUUGUAAUGUGUGGAAAAAGCAGGGAAAGAAAGCAACAAUUUAACAUUAUUCGAAAUAAUAGUAUAUUAAAUGAAUCUUUACAUUUACAUACAGAAAAAGCAAUUUUUAUUUAUUACCUAGAACUUAGCAAGAUAAAAUUUACAUAUUAAGGGGGAGGGAUAUUGAUUGCUUCUCAUGCUCUUUAAUUGUUAAUUAAAGAACAUUAGAAAAGCACUUAAGAACUCAGAUGAAAUAAAACAAAAUAAAAUUUUUCUAUCAAGAUACAAAUCAUUUAACAAAAAAAAUAAAUUAUUAAGCACAUUUUUUUUUUAUUUAUUUUUGCAACUACUUCAGAUUUUCCAAUCAUCGGUUUAAUUUUUUUUAUUUUAAGACGGUUCCCUUUGCAAUGCUGUUUUGUGUUUGUUGAACUCCUUUACUUUUGUCAGAACUUUAUUUCCCCUCUUCUAAAGCUUCAUAAUACUCAAAUGUCACACAUGCUCCUUUAGCAUAAUGAAGCAAAUCGUAUGAGAUAAGAUCAUUUAAAACACCUUCAUAAAUUUAUUGUAUUAUAUACAGUUCUAAGAAUCUUCUUUCAGAUUUUCAACAAGUAUAACCUUUUUAAUACUAAAUCCAAUGAAUUUUUGAAUAUGCGUUCAAAUGUUUUUUCAUAGUAUUCUUUACAAACUUAAGACUCUACAAAAAAUCUUUGUUUUUCAGCUUCAGUAUCUCCACUAAUAAUUAAGUACUUGGAAUCACUAUUCUGAUAUUGGUAUUUUUUCUCAUUCGCAGAGUUUUAGCAACAUCAAGCUCUUUCAAAAAUAAAUUGUUUAAAAUUUUUACUUCUUUAAGCGUUAUUUUUCAUUAACUGUUUAACAAGCAUAAAGCGAUUUUCAUAUAAAUAAAGCAUUAUUGGUUGAUUUCUGAAUUUUUUAAAGAAAUGACUGAGGAAUGUCAGCAAAAUAAGAGAAGCUAAUUUUAGCCAGAAUCAACUUAUUACAAGCAUUUAUCAUAUUAUCACUCAUGGCAGAUACAGGCAAAAAAAUUUUUAAAUCAAAUAUAUGUAUGUAUUGCUUUAAAUGGUCAAAAAAAUUUUAAAGCAUAUUCAAAAACACUGACAUUUUCUAUCCAGCGGAUAAAACAAAGCUUCAAUGGAAAUUCGGAGGAACCAGUAACUUAAAGGUAAUCAGCUCUUCUAAUUGGAUUAUCUUAAAAUAUGAAUUAUCUUUAAAUCCAUUCUACUGAUUCUAAGAGCAGUGUAAGCACCAAGAGCAGUUCUUACACUGCUCUUAGAAUCACAUCUGCUCCCAAUUAGGUAGAUUUAUGUUCAUAUAGAAAUGCUCAAUGGAGUAUGAGAAAUCCAUCCAUACUAAUUCAUAAAAGUAACUGUAUGACUUGAAGUAACUUCUUUAAAAUUCUCAAACAAUUCUUGAGCAAUGGUAUGCCUUAAAAAU